AUGUCCUCCUUCUCCUCACCGGCCGGCCGUCGCGACGCGGAGCACAGGAGGGCAUUCUCGGUCACCGCGGCGCACCUACUCACGGAGGAGUUUGUCGCUCUCAGCUCCGAGGCGGAGCUGCAGCGAACGGGCUUCACGCUGCGAGACCGGGACUCGAGCAGUGAGCACCUUCGGAUCCACUCCCUGGUCGAGCUCGAGUUCAAGCGGAACUACAUCACUCCGGGCGGCAACCAGCUCCGGCGCGUGGCGAGGGAUAAGGCCGUGCUAGGUCCAAAUAAGAUCGAGCUCCCGAUCAACGCUCAGGGAGACCUGAGCGGCCGCUGCUCGCCGGGAGUGCGCCCCGAGUCUGACAACAACAACAAGCCGCCAGCGGCGGCCGUCGUCCGGCCUCCCCGCCGCGCCACGAGCAGCGGCGUCGGGCCUCCUCCGCUGGCGAUGCAGCGGAGCGCGGCAGCCUCCACGAUGAUGCCAGCCAUGGCGGAGGAGGGGCCGGCGGCGCGUGGGAUCCCUCCGAUCAAGCCCGAGGAGCUGCGGACGUACCGCCUCUUCUUCAGCUCCCUCGCCGCCGCGAUCCAGAGCGAUACGAUUGGCCGCGCGCAAGCGGAGCCCGUCCUCGCCAACACUCAGCUGCCGCGCGACGAGGUCGACUACAUCUGGUCCAUCUGCGACGGCGACGGGGACGGCGCCAUUUCCGCGGACAGCUCGCCGAGAGCUGCGAGCCUGGCGGAGCGAGGCGAGACGAGCAGAGGCGCGAGCGGGCCCGGCAGCAGGCGGGUGAGCGGGUCCGCGUCUCCGCGGUCCGGCCACCGCCGCAACGCCAGCUACGGCAGCGGCGGCGCCGGUCCGGGCUGCCGCGGGGACGACUGGCUCGUCCCGUCGCUGCCUCCCACGCCGGCGGAGCUCGACGCCGUGUCGGGCAUGGCACUGGCCGACGAGGCUGGCACGCCGCUCGCCAACGCGCUCUACUACGUCAGGCUGCUCACGGCGGAGCCGACGUGGGAGGACCUGUCCGGCCUCGAGCGGACCCUCGUGCGACUGCCCACCGACUCGGACGAGUGGCUGCACAGCUUCCUCGAGCUCGACGGGCUGCAGGGCCUCCUCGACGCGACCACGACGGCCGACGACACAACGCCAGACGACUUGCGCGUGCAGGGCCGCUGCAUAGCUUGCGUCGCGCUGCUCGCUUGCCGCCGCGUCGCCCUCACCAGGCUGCUCGAGGAGAAGGGCGCCGUCAACAUCAUCGUUGGUGCCGUCGACGUGCGGUCGCGCCGCGUGCAGCAGCAG